AUGAAAGGAAACUAUUCAUAUGAAAAAAGUCACCCCGGUAAUUGGAACAACAACGGGCAGCCGAUUAACUGGAGGAAAAUAAAUAUAAAAAAUGGGAGGAAUAAUGACAUGUACAAUUAUAACGUAGGGGUGAACAAAUCUUCGGCACCCCAUGGCAACCCAUCUAAUGAUAAAAAAAAGGGUUACGUGAAUGAGGAGGAGGAAGAGGCUAAAGGUAAGACUGCUCAAAAGAAUAUGGCCUCUUACCAUUACGUAGACCACGGCUACUACAACAUGGGGAAUGCGAAUAACGUGUCGUAUGGGAAGCCGAGUUACUACAACCAGGCAUACGUGAAGUUUCCGAACGGAAAAGGGGCUGGUGGUAACCCCAGUGCGGGAGGUGGUUACGGCGGCAACGGGUAUGGAAGUUACGGCUAUGCUGGUUAUGGGAACUAUGGCAACCAUGGGGGUCAUAACUACGGAUACCACGGUGGGAACGGUAACUACGAUUACGGCGGUUACAACUACGGAGGCUACGACAACUACGAGGGGCACCCCAAUUUUAGCGGCCAGUACGACUGCUACGAAAAUUAUAAUGGGUAUGGUGGCAACGGCUACGGCGGUUACUACGGCAGUGGUUACAACGGAAGCGGAUACAAUAAUGGAAGCGGUUAUAACAACGGAAGCGGUUACUACGGCAGUGGUUACAACAACGGCAGCGGUUACAACAACGGCAGCGGUUAUAAUAACUACAGUAGCUACAACAACCACGGGGGCCACCACCAGGGGAACCAUCACCAGGGGAACCACCACCAGGGGAACCAUCACCCGGGGAACCAUCACCAGGGAAGCCACCACCAGGGGAACCAUCACCAGGGAAGCCACCACCAAGGAAGCCACCACCAGGGGAACCACCACCAGGGGAAUAAUAACCACGCCAGUGCGCACGACUCGCACAAUCACGGCGCCAACAAUUAUGGUCACCGUAGUUACGGCGCCCCGGAGAGCUCCCACCAGCCUAAUUAUUACGAGCAUGGUGGAUCCAAGUACAACCAUUAUCACUACGCGCAUAUACCCCCAAUACCUCACAAGAGCAACGAGGUGCAUGUAAAGUACAACGAGCUGAUUAGCGAUGUGUAUUAUAAGUCAUCGUAUUACUUAAAAAAAAACAGGAAGUACAUGCAAAGGCUGCUAAAAUCGAACUGUGUGAUUAAUAUAUAUUUGGUGAGACACAUGGAAGCUUUACAUAACAGAGAAGUUAUCGAGAGCACGGACAGGGCGAGGGACCUAAUUUACAAGGACAUAAAGAAUUUGGACUGCAGGGCCAGUGAGCAAGGCAAACAGAUGUGCGAGGAUUUGAAGAAUGAUGAGAACAACAGGCUCUACCAGAAAAUUAUGCAGUUGUACAACGACUCUCUGCAGAAGGUGGAUUUCCCCGCCGCUUCCUGCGGUGAGAAGAGCGGCAGUGAGAAGGGCGGCGGUGAGAAGGGCGGCGGUGAGAAGGGCGGCAGCGAGAAGAGCGGCAGCGAGAAGAGCGGCACUGAUAAGGGCGCUGCUAACAAGGGCUCUGCUAACAAUGGCUCUGCUAACAAGGGUGCUGUCAACCCGCCUAGCAACAGCGGUGCCCCUGGUGCUUCCGUUGGUAGUGCGAAGAAGGGCAUCUUCGAACGGAACAGCGACUUCGUCAUUAUGAGCUCCCCCCUGAGGAGGUGCUUGGAAACCAUGAAGUACUACUUUAACUUUAAAAAAAAUAUCCUAGUCUACGAGUCCGUGCGAGAAAUGGCGGGUAACUACUUUAGCGAUCAGAGGUCCAAGACGUCCGACAUAAGGAAAUUUUGUGAACAGAAUUUUGAAGACUAUGAGGUGGUCUGCUUUGGAGAAAACGACAUUUUGUGUGGAGAGAAAUUUAGGGAGUCGUCCGACCAGGUGUACUGUAGGUGCUUGCAGUUUUUGAAGAUGGUACAUGCGCUGGCUGUGAAUUAUUUUGCCUCCCUCGAGAGGGACAGCGAGGAGGUAGAAAGGGCAGAAAGGGCAGAAAAGGCAGAGGAGACGGCGGAAGCGGAGGAAGCGGCGAAAGCGGCGAAAGCGGCUAGGGGUGGCGAUGUGGAGGAGGACCUGAGCGGCGGCAUGGACAGAGCGACUGGAGAGGUGGUGCCCGGUGGGGUGACUUCUGGAGAGGUGGUUCCCAGUGAGGCGACUUCUGGAAAGGUGGUGGAAAAAUCGAGCGAACAGGCGCAGAUCAAGAGGGAAGACGAAGUGCGAGGGGACUGUCAGGGGGGGGAAGUAGCAGGCGGAGUGGAAGUAGCUGGCGGAGUGGAAGUAGCUGGCGGAGUGGAAGUAGCUGGCGGAGUGGAAGUAGCUGGCGGAGUGGAAGUAGCAGGCGGAGUGGAAGUAGCAGGCGGAGUGGAAGUACCUGGUGGAGUGGAAGUACCUGGUGGAGUGCAAGCACCUGGCGGAGUGCAACCACCUGGCGGAGUGCAACCACCUGGCGGAGUGCCAGCAGCAGAUGUGCAGAAGCCCCCAGGGAACGGGAAGCAAACCAAGGGGGAGGAAAAGAAGCGAGUAUACAACAUCGUACUCAUUUCGCACAGCUCGUUCAUUUUGCAUUUUCUGGCCCUCCUGGAUUACUUCGACUUGGAUGCGAGAAACUUUAACAAUUGUGAAAUCAGGAAGGUAGCGAUCCCCUUGUCAAACACGUUCCUCUUUUUUAACAACGUGGUGAAUAUGCAGCUAGCUAGACCCCUCAGUACCAAUAAUUUCCCAAUAGUCUUUAGGAACAAAAAUAAAGUUCUGAAAAAAGCAUUCAAAGAUAAAAAUAUAUACACCCUAAACACGUAUAACGACUUCGAUGAACUAACGUGUCAACACCCAUGUACAGUCGUGAUCUAUCAAUAUGCAUCUCUGGUAAAGGAGGAGAAAUAUAUGAAAUAUUUGGAAAAGGUGCAAAAUUUUAUCGAUCUUGCGAAUAAAGAACAUGAAGAAGAAGAAAAAGUUUUCUCCAAUGGGAUGUUCAAGAACUACGUGAAGAAGGAGAAGAACCAUAUGGCUAGGAGUAUCCUCGUGACAGAUGCUAGUAAGCAUCUCCUUUAUGUACAGGAGAAAAAUUCAUGGGAAGUUAACAAGAAGGGAUUUUUUGUUGGCCAAAAUGUAGUUAUCAUAGUUCUUCCAGAUGUAGAACCCACUGCUAGUACUAAUAACCCUAGCAAAAGUAAAGACCCAAAAGAAAAAAAUAAUGAAAAUUCCGUCCACAUGGAGAAUGUACUCCAGGUUGUAAAGAAUUAUAACCAUGUACAAGACUUGAUAAAGUCAAAGGAUUUCUGGAAAGUUAUCAAAGAAAAUAUUCAAGGUUUAGAUCUGAAUACAUUUCAAGAAUACCUUAUUGGAAAGUAUACCAAAAUUGUUAGAUGUGAGGAAGCAGAUAAUGUUUGCUACCUCGAUUUGUGUAGCUGUUUGGAGAGUAAAACUUUUAUGAAUAAAUUCCAAGACAGAUGUAAUGGCUACUUGAAGCGUUUGAAGGAACGGUGUGAUGCUUUUGCUUACGUAGAUUUGGAACAGGAAUGUAGACAUAUUAAUGAGAACUUACUGGAGGAUAUGUUUCCUAGGGAGUAUGCCUCGGGUGCAAGUGGUCGACAACCCGGCAGUGUCAGUCGUGCUGGAGAUAGGAUAAACGGUAAGGAGGAUGCUGCACUGGAGGAGAAUACCUUGGUUAGGAAGAAAUUUAUGUUCAUUCCGAGGAGGGCGGCGGUGACUGCGAAGGUGGCCGUGGAGGCCCUAUUUGGCCACUCCAGCCAAGGAGCAGCAGGGGCAGUAGGGGCAGUAGCCGCAUCAGCAGCAGGUGGGGCAGCCGGUGGGGCAGCCGCAGCCGCAGCUGGGGGAGACGCCCUAACGUUGAGCAAGAACUUCCUACAGGAAAACAUCAACACGUUGAAGUCCUUCCCGCAGUCCAUCCAAAAUUUGAAUGUAGAGAUGUUUUAUCGGGAUCACUUUUUUUAUUUCCAUUGUCUGCAUCGGUUUAUUAAGAGUAAAAACAAAGUGGAGGGUCUCAUCAUAUCUAAGUUGCUAACCUUUCUGGAUUUGUUGAGAGCCUUCGAUGUGAGUGCAUCGAAUAAAAUUUUUCAGAAAUUAACCAAGGUGGAGGGCCUGAUCGAGAACAACACCAGUUUAGACGAGGAGGACCGGGUGGUCAACACUUACUCCUGUGAUAAGAAGAGCGCCCAGGCGAAUAACACCUCGUACUAUGACGAGUCCGCGAGGAAGUACAAGUCGAUCCAGGCUUUGCGAGGAAGGAAGAAGGGAGUUGUGGACGACCUAAAUUACAUGCGUUACAAUCUCCUCACCGUUUCCGGAGGAGCAGAGCACGUGUUCAUUUUGAAUGUCCUGAAGUAG